AAUGACGUAUGUGGUAGCUCCCGGUAUAAACCCGGGUCGUCCGGUGUCCUCCGGUAAUGACCCGCUUUAAGGCCUCCCGGGUCGGAUAAACCGAGCUGUCCGGGGUCCGAACGAACAGCACCGACUCACUCCGCUCGGGGUUAACGGGACUUUUUGCCGCCAGAAACAGAUAACGGCCACUGGGCCGCCGGAGGUUCGAUCCCGCGGCGGCUCGGACCGCCGCUUUCUGUGGAUGUUACCGGAACCAGAAGCACCAUGGAGUUUCUCUGGAGCCUCUCCCGGUGCUCAGACACGGUGAGGUAACGGGACAGUACACACACACACUUACACAGCGACCUGUUGCCGGUUACCGGUACCGGUACCGCGGAGAGGAUGAGCGGAGCCGCCGCGCCGCUGCUGCUGCUGCUGCUCAGCGGCCGUGCUGUGUUCACUGCCGCCAGGACCCUGAACGCACCGCCGGACCGAGCGGUUCUGGCUGCGGACGGACUGACGGACGGGACCGACGGCCGGACCGCCACCGGGACAGGUGUGGACCGGCGCCGGCGCCCCCUGCUGGAGAAAACCCGUCCGUUCUUCUUGGUGGACGGAAAGAGGAGGAGCCUCACUGAAGCUCUGCAGGACGGUCACCCCGACCGGCUGCAGUGUGGACUGGAGGUCGCCGGACGACUCUUCCUGCUGGACCUGGAGAAGAACCACGACCUGCUGCCCAAACCGCCCAACGUCUUCUACUACCUGCCCAACGGCACCGGGGUGUCCGUGCGAGCCGACCCUGUGACUCACUGUUAUUACCACGGCAGCGUUCGAGGCUUCCCUCAGUCCAGAGUGGCUCUGAGCACCUGCUCCGGACUGCGCGGCGUCAUCGCCAUCAACUCCACCCUGAGCUUUGAGCUGCAGCCUCAGGAGGACGACCGCCACCCUGGGGGGGAGGAGGAGGGCGGGGCAGGAGGGGGGAGUGGAGGAGACGGGAGCGGAGGGAGCGGAGGAGGAGGAGGAGGAAGAGGAGAUGAAGAAGGAGGAGUUCACCUGCUGUUCUCCACCAGCCCUCUGGAGGGUGACAGUGCUGGAGGCUGCGGGGUCUCUCACACCGCCGUCCCCCCGAUCCACAGCACCGCGCACACACACAGGAAGAAGAGGGACAUCCUGUCGGAGACCAAGUACAUCGAACUGGUGCUUGUGGCCGAUCACCAGGAGUUUCUGAACUACCAGAAGAACAAUAAGACCAUCAUCUACCGCAUGCUGGACGUGGCCAACCAGGUGGACUGGUUCUACCGUCCUCUGAACGUUCGGGUCGCACUGACCGGUCUGGAGAUCUGGAGCGACCGUGAUAAGAUCCAGGUGGAGAAGAGUCCCACCGACACCCUCAACAACUUUCUUGAGUGGAGAACCAGAGAGCUGCUGCCACGCCUUCGCCACGACAACGCCCAGCUCGUCAUGGGCGGCUCGUUCGACGGCACCACGGUGGGGAUGGCGUCUCAGUCGUCCAUGUGCUCCAGAGACCGGUCGGGUGGCGUCAACGUGGACCACCUGGUCAGCGUGUUGGGCGUGGCCUCCACUGUUGCUCAUGAGCUCGGUCACAACCUGGGGAUGAGUCACGACACCGCCGAGCGCCGCUGCUCCUGUCAGAACGAAGCGCGGCUUGGAGGAUGCAUCAUGGAGCCCUCCACCGGGUUCAUGCCGGGUCAGCAGUUCAGCAGCUGCAGCGCUGCAGAUCUGUCCGUCAGCCUGCUGCACGGCGGCGGGAUGUGUCUGUUCAACGUACCGCAGCCGGACCGCCUGCUGGGGGGACCUCGCUGUGGAAACCUGUACGUGGAGAAAGGAGAGGAGUGUGACUGCGGCCUGCUGGAGGAGUGUGAGGACCCCUGCUGUAACGCCUCCACCUGUCAGCUGGUUCCUGGAGCUCAGUGCUCCUCUGACGGCAUCUGCUGCCACGACUGCAAGUUGCGGGCGGCGGGUUCAGUGUGUCGUGAGCCGCUCGGAGAGUGCGACCUCCCCGAGUUCUGCACCGGCUCCUCCGCUUACUGCCCGCCCAACGUCUUCCUGCAGAACGGAGAGCCCUGCGAGGACGGAGCGUCCUUCUGCUACGGAGGAGUCUGCGCCAGCAUGCACACCCAGUGCCAGAUGCUGUGGGGACCCAACGCCACCAGUGCUCCAGCUGUCUGUUUCUCUUCAGUCAACAAACAGGGAAACAAAUAUGGAAACUGUGGUCAGCAGACCAACGGAUCCUACAUCCCCUGUGGAAACUCUGACGUGUACUGCGGUAGGAUCCAGUGUCAGGGAGGGAGGGAGCGCCCCCUGCUGGGCACCAACGCAGAGAUCCUCACCACCACGGUCCGCUUCAACCACAGCGACCUGGUCUGCAGAGGGACCUUCUUCCACCUGGGGGACGAUGUGUCAGACCCCGCCACCGUGGCCCAGGGCACCGCCUGCGGCCCCGGCAAGGCCUGUUUGAACCAGAAGUGUCAGGACAUGUCGGUGUUCGGCGUGGAGGACUGCCGCAGGAAGUGUAACGGUCACGGGGUGUGUAACAGUAACAAGAACUGUCACUGUGAGGUGGGCUGGGCUCCUCCCGACUGCAGGUACUCCGGUCACGGAGGCAGCGUGGACAGCGGACCGGCCAAAACCACUCGAGAGUCCGACCCGGUCCGAGUGGCUCUGCUCGUCAUCUUCCUCUUCAUCGUGCCUGUCGUCCUCCUCUUCCUCGCUCUGCGCUUCCCUCGUUUCCGUCUCCUCUGUGUGGGACCCAACAGCCCGUUUCACAAAACCCGACAGCACAACCGUGUGACUCACUGUGAGAUGCUGGGUUUGGAGUUUCACCCCGCCCACGUCUCCAGAACGCCGGUGAUGGAGCGAGUGGACGGCAGGAACGGAGAGCAGGUCCGACCUCUGAGAUACCACCUGAACCCACCGACUGACAUCCCACUGACCCCGCCCCACAAAGAGGUUCAUGACAGACCUGCUCCUCCCACUAAGCCACUCCCCCCUGACCCCGCCCUAAAACCCCCACCGCAGCGACCAGCACCCCCCACCAAGCCUCUACCCCCCAACCCCCCCAACCAGCUGCUGGUGAGCCGACCAGCUCCACCCAACAAGCCACUCCCCCCUGACCCCGUCACACCUGGACAGGUCCCGGUUUCAUCCAAACCGGUGGUUCCAAUAAAGCCCCGCAUUGUGGCCCCGCCGCCCCCCCCCCACAUCCCCCCUCACCCCGCCUACCCCCCCAGCACCAAACCAACACAACACAGAGCCGUCGCACCUGCAGCCGGUCCCAACAGACGACCUCCUCUUCCUCCACUUCGACCCACAAACCCUCAGAAAGUUGACUCGUCUCCACUUUAACCCCAGUGCAUGAUGGGAGUCGGUGUGCAGAGAGACGAUGAAGAUGAUGAUGACUUUAUUAUCCAGUUUGCACUCAGUCAUCGGAUUUCUCUCUCAACCCUCUCAGAACUGUAAAUAAUGUUAAUGUAAGUCCAGUGCCUUGCUCAGCAGCGCCGCGGCAGUGACAACCUUCGACUGCUGGAGAUGAUGUCACAUUAAAGUGUCUAUAGCGCCCCCUGGAGCCAGCGGGGGGUUCAGUGCCUUGCUCAAGGUGGUCCAGGACUCUGCAGGACUCUGAAGGACCCUGAGGAAGUUCCUCUGGAAGUUUGACAUAUUUUUUAAGUUUCAAACUUUUUUUUUUUUAGCAAAACCCGAAUGUAGAAGGAUUCUGUUCACUGCAGUUCGGACGGACGGACUCAGUCUUUAUUAAACUGGAUUCAUGAGACUGGAAGACCAACAACCUGGGAUUUAAAAAAGACUUGAGAUCCUGGAUCUGGCCCCGAAUGUCCCCGAAGGAUUAAGGAUUAAUUUACAAUGUGUUUGGGAUAAAAAAUCUCAAGAUUUUAGAAUGAAGUUCAGAAGAAAGUUGUAAUAUCUGAAGAGUCCAAAUAUUAGAAAGUUACUUCAACAACUUUAUUCUGAAAAUAUAAUAUAUAAGAAAUUCCAACUAGUUCUACAACUAAAGAUUAUUUUCAUUAUUGAUUCAUCUGCAGUUAUUUUCUAGAUUAUUCGUUUGGUCUAUAACGUGUCCAAGGUGAAGUCUGUAAAUGUGUUGUUUUGUCAGAUAUUCAGAAAGAAAUAUUUCAGAAGCAAAUCCCCACGAAACAGGGAGCAGAGUUCUGUGUGCUUCCUCUUAUUUACUGUUUCCUGUAAAAACCGACAGUUAGGGAGGAACUUGUCGUGGAUACUGAUUGGUGUUUACAGCAGCCAAUAGCAGCUAGCACUAUGAGCUAGCGUCAGCGUCUGCCUUCACUGAACACAGCCGGACCCGGGACCGAACACCAUCUUUGAGACCAACAGGGAAUCCAGUACUGAUUUGGGUUUGGCUGUGUCAGUUAGCGGUUAGCUACUGAUCAAUCUUUCUAUCAGGAAACUCUGUAACUGACCUCGGUACUGUAACGUUAUUCCGUCGGCACCGAUGGCUGCGUUCAACUCUAAAAUACCGACCUGAAAAUACCUGAAACAGGACUUCCUGUCAGUGUUGGACAGAUACACUGAAAUAUCAAUUCUGACUUCAUGGGGACUUUAAUUGAUUAUCAGAAUAGUUAUUACAUAUUAUUUUACACAAUUAUUUUUCUGUUGAUUCAUUAAUGGCUGCAGCUCUGACUUUUGUCUCCAAAUAUGAAGACUUUAUUUUUGAAAUGUUACAUUUUAUCCAAAUAUUCUGCCCUUUGUAUUUCGUAUUUCCUGAAUUUAUUCUUCAAAUCUGAGCGUUUUUCUGCUGUUGGAUCUUAUUUUAACGUUUGUGGACUGUUGUAAAGGUUUGAGACCGAUGUCUCACUCACUGACUGCUGGAAUGAACCUCGAACCCAAACGCACGUCCUGAAGGCGAGAACCAUGUCGGACUCAAAGUGAACUGUAAGCCUUACAAGGAGCACUGGUUCUGCCCCGGUCUGUCUCUGCUGGGAGACGCUGUGCUGGAUCAGGUUUUUAUUUUUCUAACCCGCCUUGAGCUUUCUAUCGUUGACAGUCAGGAAUGUAACGAAUGUUCGUGAUGUUACACCAAAGACGGAUGAAUGAUGUAACAGAUCUGAUCUGUGCUGCUGUUCAGUUUCUGGUGCCGACGUCAGCGCUUUCUAAAAACCCUGAAAGACGUCAAAGAGCUCAAAUGUUCGACACAUCCUCGCACAGAACACAACGCUGUAGGUUUCCUCCUAGUGAGCAACAAUGCAUAUCUAACAGAUAGAGUCUCUACAAGGAACCAAGCCCCUACAUUUGGUGUUUUAAGUACAUUUAUUGGUUCCCCGAAAGUAAACACACAUCCUGGAAAACCUGGAAAUUUACAGACUAGGGAACACCUGGAAUUUCAUUAAAAUGACAAAAUAUCCUCGAAAUUAAUUUCAUCCUGUGCUGUGGCCAGAUACUUUUUUCACAGCAGCCAUUUUGACAUGUAAUAGUAGGGUAAACACCAAUUAAGGUUCAGUUCCAUUCAGGUCAAACAGAGUGAGAGGUCAUGUUGUGCUCACUGGAAAGGCUCUGCUACACUAAAUGGAAUCUGUGAGAUCAGCGAAGAGAGUUUGUGGAGGUUUAGGCACAAAAACGAUGCGAUUAGCUUGAGGAAAAGGUCGUAAGUUACGUAACGUACUUGUAACAGAUUGCUGACACUCGGGAUUCGAACAACGGUCUCCUGGUUUCAAACUCUGUUUGUUUGAGUCCAGAAAGUAAGAGUGACACCUACAGCGUUAUAUUUUGAAGCCACUGAGCGAUGUGAGUGUGAACGUUACUAAAACCAUCGUACUUUAAACCAAAUCUUCCAGCGCUGUGUUCACACCAACAUUUUUGCCUCUUUAAACUCCAAAUUGGAAACUUCUGAUUUGUUCUUUCAAACUGUCUUGUGUGGAAGCGGGAAAAAUCGCCAGAGGUUGCCCCGCCCACAGGAAGUGAUGUCACUAACUCCUGCUGCGAAAAGCCUGAAAGCCACAAACUGGCCUCAACAGAACUGAAUGUUUUCACCCGACGAUCCUUAAAGAGUCCGAGCAAACACGUCUGAUCAUUCAAGCUGAUUGGUUGACGUGCUGUUAGCGUCCCGCUGUGUUCACAGGUUUGCUGCUAGGGGAAAUAUCCUCAAUAAAACCGACUGUUUCUACA